UCACAGGUGCUGUUCCUUCAAUGGCAAGAGACGAGAUGCAGCAACGCCAACUUCGUGCUCAACGGGGAUGAUGAUGUUUUUGCACACACAGAUAACAUGGUCUCCUACCUGCAGAACCAUGACCCCAGCCGCCACCUUUUUGUGGGUCACCUGAUCCAAAAUGUGGGGCCCAUUCGGGUUCCCUGGAGCAAGUAUUAUGUCCCAAAGGUGGUGACUCAAGAAGAGCAUUAUCCUCCCUACUGUGGGGGCGGUGGCUUCCUCCUGUCCCGCUUUACGACGGAUGCCAUACGCCGGGCUGCCAGUGCCCUGGACCUCUUCCCCAUUGAUGACGUCUUCCUGGGCAUGUGCCUGAAGCGGGAAGGACUCAAGCCCUCCUCGCACAAUGGUGUCCGCACAGCCGGCGUGCAGGCCCCAUCCAACCGCCUGUCCUCCUUUGACCCCUGCUUUUACCGGGAGCUGCUGCUGGUGCACCGCUUCCUGCCCUACGAGAUGCUGCUCAUGUGGGAUGCAUUGAACCAGCCAGGCCUCGCCUGUGGCAAGAAGACACAGAUCUACUGAGGCAAUAUCAGUGUCCCCAGCCCGUAGGCUCCUGUCUUUACCCCCCCUAAAGAAGGGCAGUUCCUUUCUCCCAGAAAACAGACCUUUGUCCUCCUAAGAGGGCUGGGCAUAGGGGCAUGCCAGGGAGGGUUUCAU